AUGCAGCUGCUUCUCACUCACGCUCCAGAAGUUUACGAAGAAUUCCUAAAUGGCAACCACCCAGUGAGUAGAUCAAGUCAACCCUUUAGCCAAGUUUGGACUGACAUGGCCUUGGAACAAACCAUCAAUCUCAACAGCAAGAUUAGAGGGGGUAUUGUUGGCUUGACACAAAAUGCUUCGGCACUAGACAGAUGGUUUAUAACAAGUCACAAGAGAGCUGAGCUAACUGGUGCAACCAAGCGACUUUGCAACCUUGAAGACUCUGACAAGAUUGGGACUCACAAGGAGGCAGGUUCCCAAAGAGUAAAGAGGGAUGAAAACGAUGUUCAGCGGCUGAUUAACACCAUUACUAAUACCAUGUCAAACCCUUUCGAUUUGAGUGAGGCAUCGAAGGAAGACCCAGUUCAAUUACGAAACAUCGCCACUGGACUCGUUAUGCCGCAUGACGCGGCAGAGCAGCUCGUUGACUGUUUCAGCACAGGAGCAGAAGAAGCAAAGAAAUUUAGGAGACAAAGAAUGGACAGUGAUGAGGUAUCCUUUUGGAGCAAGAUAUCGAAAUUGAAUUUGAAAACAUUGGCUUCUCUGGCAAAAACAAAUCAAAUCAAAUGCGCAGACGAGAAGAUCAUCACUAUUUCAGCUGACAGAAAUUUGUUUGGAAGACUUCUAAUUGCUGCAAAGUGUCGUGACGUUGAUGUGAAAGAGGUCCUGAGAUAUGAACUUUGCAUUGGCACAUGCAGGUGGUGCUUUGCGGAAAACUACAAAAAGUGUCCUAAUGGCUGAGGUUGAACGGGAAUGUCAAGCACAAGGAAGACUUCCUGAAAGUGCACUAUCAACCGCAUUCAUUUUUGAUGCAAUGGCUCUUAUCCAGACGUUGAAGUCUGCAGGCUCCCGCACAUUCGGAGACCUAGCUGAAACAUACUUUAAUUUGCUCUUCACACCUCUACGAUAAGGUCAGUGCAGAAGAGUAGAUGUUGUCUUUGACCGCUAUGAUGUUCAAGAGUCCAUAAAGGAAAGUGAAAGAGUUAGGAGGGGUUCAAGCAGAGCUCUUGAGAUCCAAAUCACAAACAAGCAUACACCAGUUCCAAAGCAGUGGGGGAAGUUUAUCAGCAACCAGAAUAACAAGGUUAACCUUUCCAGAUUUUUUUGCCGAGAGUGGUGCAGUCUGGGUGAAUACAACUUACUUCCUGAUCAAGAGCUGGUAAUUGGUGGUGCCUUUGAAGAUCCAACAGAUGCAGUUGUUGUAACCCGUGGACGUACGGAUCCCCUUGCAGAGCUGAGAUCAGACCGUGAAGAAGCCGACACAAGGAUGAUCCUUCAUGCGUGGCACGCCUCUUCCACUAAAGAGAGGAUUGUCAUUCAGUCCCCUGAUACAGAUGUUGCUGUAUUAGCUAUCUAUGCAUACCAGAUGAUACAGUGCAACGAAAUUUGGUUCAAGACAGGCGUCAAAGGUAAGGUUCCCUUCGUACCUGUCCAGCGUAUUGCUGAGAAGCUUGGUAGGAGUGUUUGCGCAGCGAUUCCAGCAUUCCAUGCUCUAACUGGUUGUGAUUCUACUAGUGGGUUGUUUCAGAUCGGGAAAAAGAAAGGAUGGUAUUUGUCAAAUAUCCCAGUCUCCAUGACAGUGUUGGCAACCUUGGUAGUCAUAUUCCACCAAGAGCGCUCACUGUUGAAGCCUGUGAGAGGUUUAUUUGUUCCCUUUAUACAACCAACAAGAAGGCAGGGGUAA